GCGGGGCUCGCCGCGGCUCCGGGAUCCGCCAUGGCUGCGGUGCGGGGCUCGGUGCACCUGCCGCGCUGCGUGGUGUCCCCGGCGGGGAGGCACAGCGCCUCGCUCAUCUUCCUGCAUGGCUCAGGCGAUUCUGGAAAGGGGUUGCGAAUGUGGAUCAAGCAGGUUCUAAACCAAGAUUUAGCCUUCCAGCACAUAAAGAUCAUUUAUCCCACAGCUCCUUCCAGGCCAUAUACUCCAAUGAGGGGUGGAGUCUCCAAUGUGUGGUUUGACAGAUUGAAGAUAUCUAAUGACUGCCCAGAACACCUUGAAUCAAUUGAUAUGAUGUGCCAAGUCCUUACUGGUGUGAUUAAUGAUGAGGUAAACAGUGGCAUCAAAAAGAACAGAAUAUUAGUAGGAGGAUUUUCUAUGGGAGGCUGCAUGGCCAUGCAUUUAGCAUAUAGAAAUCACCAAGAUGUGGCGGGAGUGUUUGCGCUUUCUAGUUUUCUGAAUAAAGCAUCUGCUGUGUACCAGGCCAUUGAGAAAUGUGGUGGUGUGCUUCCUGAGUUAUUCCAGUGCCAUGGCACUGCAGAUGAAUUAGUUCUUCAUUCUUGGGGCGAGGAGACGAACUCAACGUUGAAGUUGCUAGGAGUCAGCACCACAUUUCACAGUCUUCCUGGUGUUUACCACGAACUCAGCAAGAUAGAGCUGGAGAAACUGAAGUCCUGGAUUCUUUCAAAGCUACCAAGAGAAACUGAGAAACAAAACGAGUGAUGAUGAUGGAUUUGCUAUCUUUUAUCUUAUCCACAUUAUUUUAUUUCCUUCUUUUUUAUUUUUCUUAUUAUAUCAAUAAUCAAGUUUGCUCAAAUUUAUGUCUACUUAUUUUUUCUAAAUAGAAUCAAAUGGCCUCUGCCUGUUCUCACAAAACUGUCUUGUGAGUCAUCCUGUUACUUGUAUUGUAGUUCACUAUGUUACUGCUAAGCAGCGCUCCAUUGUAAGGCUGUACUAUACUUAGUUCACAAAGAUGGCUGUUGUGACUGUGUGAGCCUCUAUACCUAUCUCAUCACUUCUCUUGGACAACUGAGUAGGAAUGGAAUGACUGGGUUGUACCAUAGCUACACAGGCACAAGAAGAGGCCUCAGCCAUUCCCCAAUGUGUUUUUUGCCAUUUCACUUUCCAGUCAGCAGUGUGUGACCACUCCAGGAGCUCCAGUUUUCCCCAGCACUCAGUAAGGCUUGUGCUUUGAAUGUGAAAUGUCUCCCUCAUGUGUUUGUGAUAAAGCCUCAUAGUAGCCAUCCAUCUGAUAGAAAUGUGGGAAGUGGACAGCCUUGCUGGAGGAGGUAUAUCAGUAGGGGCAGAACUUGAGGCUUACUAACCCAGGUCCAAGCCCAGUACUUAGAUUGCCACUACCCAAACAUGUGGCCGCCCUGCUCGGCCAUGCUUUCAGUGGGGAAGGUGUGGCAGCAGGAGCUUGAGACAGCUGGUCACUUUCAGUCCACAGUCGCUAGCAGAGAGCUAAGAAUGCUGCAGCUGAGUUUCUUUUGCCUUUCAUUUCAUCUGGAACCCCAAUGAUGCUGCCACAGUUAGGGUGGUACCUCAGUUAAUCUAAUCUAGAAAAUCCCUGACAGACACUGACAGAGGUUUGUUUCCAUGGUGACUCUUACAUGCUGCCAUUUUGACAACAGAUUAACUGUCACACAGCAGUGAUCUGAGGGCUGUGAUUAUGAUGUGUUUGGGGGUAGGGACAUUUUUUGUUCUUGUUCUGUGUUGGUUUUUUUUCACUUGAACCAAUAAUUGAUGCAAGUCAUUUAUGAAGGACAAAGCCUUUAAUAUUAUCCAUCCUGUUUUGGCCCACAUGGGACAUUGAGGUAUAUUCCAGAUUUAUACUGUAGCUUAGUCCUGACUUGUAGAUGGUCCUUUCCCAGCCUCAGAGAGUGUACUCACCAACAUGUAGUGGUCAGUAUCAUCUCUAGAUCUCUGGACUUCCCUUAUCUUCUGCCCAGUGAACACUGUAAAGCCUGUUUGCUUUACUUGACUCUUGGCCUUGCUCUUCAGCCCUGAGUCUUACAGGCUUGAGUGGAUUUUUCCACCAGCACUAGGUAGAGACUCCAGGCAUUAACAAGGGAGUCAUGGUCAGAAAGAUUUACUUCUUCAUUUUCCAUCUUUGAGAUCAAUCGGUGUCCCCCAUUAAUGUCUACUACUUUAUAAAAGAAGAAGAAUGAGAAGAGGAAGAAGAAGAAGAAUGCUGGGUUGGUCUGGGCUGGUCUGGGCUGGGCUGAGCUGGACAGGGCUGGGCAGGACAUGGUGGUACUCACCUUUAAUCCCAGCACUUGUAAACAGAGGUGGGAGGAACUCUGAAUUCAGGCCACUGUGGAACUACAGAGUGAGUUCCAGGUUAGCCUGACUUAGUGAGACCCAAAAUACAACAUUUCAUGAUUUCUAGUCUUUUGCCCUUUUUAAUUAUCAUAUAAUAUGUUACAUAACUGUAAGCUAAACUAUCUUUGAAAGAGAAUUAAAACUUUUAAAAGACUAAUUUGAA